CUGCAGUGUCACUUGUUAUUUGUUUGCUCAGGCAAUACUGUUGCUUUUUUUCCAUUGCUCAAGUAGGGCUUUGGUUAUAGGCAUUUUUACUGACUGCUUUAUUUGGUGCCCCAGUGGCCUAAGCUGGUGGCAGAAGAGGUGUUCAGAUUGGGUAACAGUGGGUAUUUUCGUGGCCAUGGGCUGGUUGCUGUGGGAGGCUGGGCUGCGGGCUGUGCAGCACAGUGCAGUUCUGACUCCACAGCCAGGUUUGCAGUCUAUGGUUAGUGUGGGAAAAGAGACAGGACUGAGCUGAUGGGGACAGCUGCUGGUCCUGGCGGUACAGAGAGGUGGCUGCUGGGGGCAGGUUUUGGUGCUCUCUCUUCACCCUCCAUUUGUUAAAAUCCUUCCAAAUAUAUUUUAAGGAAUACUGUGUCACUGCUCUGGGUCCAGCAUGUGUGCGAGAGUACCAGAUCAGACUGUAAUGUACCACAUAAGUGAUGGCUUCCCAUGAUGUUAAAUAUUCAGCAUUAAGAGGUACCAGCCCAAUGGAAAGUAGGCAUUUUGGGGGCGUUUUGUCAUUAAGCUGUGGUUGUAGUGUUUGCUGCCACCAAGUAAAGCAGGGGUAGGGCUGGAUGUGGGUAAAACCUGGAGAAAUGUUGCAGACUGUACUAAAGGGGAUUUUUACUUUGUAACUUAGAAAAUAGAAAUAGUUACCAAAUGUCAUCAAUUCGCGAGGAAAAAGAAAUGCUGCUUGUUUUUCUCUCACCUGACAGGUUUGUAAAUACUACCUUUGUGGCUUUUGCCCAGCUGAAUUAUUCACAAACACCCGCUCUGAUUUAGGUCCCUGUGAAAAAAUUCAUGAUGAAAAUCUACGUAAACAGUAUGAGAAGAGCUCUCGCUUUAUGAAAGUGGGCUAUGAAAGAGACUUCUUGCGCUAUUUACAAAGCUUGCUGGCAGAAGUAGAACGCAGGAUUAGAAGAGGUCAUGCUCGUUUGGCACUGUCACAGAACCAGCAGUCUUCCGGGGCAGCGGGACCUACUGGUAAAAAUGAAGAGAAGAUUCAAGUAUUAACUGACAAAAUUGAUGUAUUACUACAACAGAUUGAAGAACUAGGCUCAGAAGGGAAGGUGGAAGAGGCACAAGGAAUGAUGAAACUGGUUGAACAAUUAAAAGAGGAGAGAGAGUUGCUGAGGUCUACAACUUCAACGAUUGAGAGCUUUGCAGCACAGGAAAAGCAAAUGGAAGUUUGUGAAGUUUGUGGAGCCUUCUUAAUUGUAGGAGAUGCACAGUCCAGAGUAGACGACCAUUUGAUGGGAAAGCAGCACAUGGGUUACGCCAAAAUAAAAGCUACUGUAGAAGAUUUAAAAGAAAAGUUACGAAAAAGGACAGAAGAACCUGACCGUGAUGACAGGUUAAAGAAAGAGAAACAAGAACGAGAAGAGAGAGAGAAAGAGAGGGAGCGAGAGAGAGAAGAGCGGGAAAGGAAGAGAAGGCGUGAGGAAGAAGAAAAAGAAAAAGAGAGGGCCCGUGAUAGAGAGAGGCGUAAGAGGAGUCGCUCCCGGAGCAGGCAUUCGAGCAGAACGUCUGACAGAAGGUGCAGCCGUUCACGAGACCACAAGAGAUCGAGAAGCAGAGAAAGAAGGCGAAGCAGGAGUCGCGACCGGAGAAGAAGCAGAAGCCAUGAUAGAUCAGAAAGAAAACAUAGGUCUCGCAGCAGGGACAGGAGGCGAUCAAAAAGCCGUGAUCGGAAAUCUUAUAAGCACAGAAGCAAAAGCAGAGAGAGAGAACAAGACAGGAAGUCAAAAGAAAAAGAAAAGAGGGGAUCUGAUGAUAAAAAAAGUAGUGUGAAGUCCAGUAGUCGAGAAAAACAGAGUGAAGACACAAAUACAGACUCGAAGGAGAGUGAUAAGAAUGAGGUCAAUGGGACCAGUGAAGACAUUAAAUCUGAAGUGCAGCGUAAGUAUGCACAGAUGAAGAUGGAACUAAGCCAAGUAAGAAGACAUACUAAAGCACCUUCUGAAGGAAAAGACAGUGUAGUCCUGCAAAACAUUUUGAGCGUUGGUGUUGUGAGCGGCCCAUGAAAAGCCAAAUUAAAAAUCAAGGAUUCAGUCAAACUAAGCAGGUACUCAUGCCAGGUACUCCUUUCUCUACCCACAUCCAUGUUUGAAUGCUGUUGCCUGUAAUCUUUAAGCUUACUGUUGUGUUUUUGAUUUUCAAGAUAGUGAGAAGGACUUCUCGUGUAUUGUGUGAAUACUGUAAAUCUGAUGUUAACAGAACGGGAUUUUCUUCCAACUGUGUGUAGGGAUGCAGUGGUGCCCAGAAUUAGAUAUCUUUAAAGAGUUAAAAAUGCAAUAAACACUACAUAAUAAUCGCCUUGUUACUUUCAAUGCAAUUCAAGUCUUUAAGAGGUAUGUGCUUAAUAUUUCCUACUGCGUAGGAGAGUUUGCAAUCAGCCGUAGCACAGAGAGGUGGAAUGGCUGAUGCCACAUUUGUAAGGCAAAUAGAAAUACAAAGUCAGAUGCCAGAAAACUGUUACAAUGAUCGUGGCAAGAGUGUAUGCUGAAAAACUAUUUGUUGGAAAUCAAAUGGCUAAGCACUAGGAAAUGCAGACUCUUGGGAAGCUUUUCCCCAACUCUUGACAUAGCUUUCCUUUACCUGAAGUUUCUUUAGUUGUAUUCCUGAAACAAGGAACUAACAAUGGAGAGUACGGCUGAUAAAUGAGUUUCUCGCAACAGAAGCUGUUAGUACAGCUUGGCUGUCUGUGCUCAGAAAUCUUGAACGUGUGCUGUUGGUCAUUACACCGUUAAUGCUACGUUACUGCUUUUAAAGCCAGCGUUGUUCAGUGUUGACAUUUCUGUAGCGUUAAGAUGACAGCUAACAACUGGGCCAGAAUAGAGCUGGUGAACAGAAUGCUCUUUGCGUUGCCUAAUUGUCUGCUUUCCCAACAUUUUGCAUUGUAGGACUGCUACGUGAAGAGUCUGCGAAGACGGCGGAAGACAGCUUAACGUGAAGAUCUGCUUUAAAAUGAGGUGAAAGAAAGCUGUAGUGGCGUAGAAAAAUAUAAGUUGAGUUAGAAUUUUUUUUUUAUAAAAUUAAAUUCAGGACUGGUUUUUCCUCCCAGAGCUCAGAAAGAUGUGUUGAUAGCGUAUAUGCUACUGAGAAUAUAAGUCCUGUAUCUUUUUUUUUUUCCUUUAAGACUUUUUAAGAUAAGAAACCAACAUAACCUGAACACAUGGCUUGCUCAGUGUUUAAUUGCAAGUUUUCAUUCUUGGACUUUAAAACACAAAAAUAAAUGUUUAGUAUUUGUGUGAAUCGAACUAAAACGAAUCCCAUUUUUACAACUAAGGUAUUCCUAGCUUCUUGAUAUACGAAAAAUGGAAAUAAAGUAUCUUUGAAUUUCUGUUACAAAUUUGAUGGUCUCUGUCAUUAACAUUUAGUAGUAAAUAAGUUUUUAUUUCCUAAUAAAUCUGCUUGUGUCUUCAA